ACUGUGGUUCGCCGCGUUGCCUACUACCAGGCCUGGAAUGCGCGGCGGCGAAACUGCGAUAAGGUCAUGCCCAGCCAAAUUGACACGACCGGUCUGACCCAUCUGAUUCUCUCUUAUGCUACAAUGGACCCAAAGACGUUCGAGGUGCGCCCUAUGCAUCCCGAUGAUGAGGAAGUCUACAAGCAAUUCCUCGCUCUCCCACCUAGCGUUGCCAAGUGGAUUGGCAUUGGAGGUUGGGAGUUCAACGAUCCUGGUUCCACAAACUACACUUGGUCCCUGAUGUCGAGCAGUAAGGAGAACCGCAAAACCUUCGUCGAGUCUCUUAGGAAGUUUUUGGCCAAGUGGAACUUCCGUGGCGUCAACAUCGAUUGGGAGUGGCCUGGCCAUUCAGCCCGCGGUGGAAAUUCGGCCGACAAGCAGAACCACGUCACCCUCAUGACUGAGCUUCGCCAGGCCCUAGGCAGCGACUUCGGUCUCUCCACCGUCCUGCCUGCCCAAUACGAAUAUCUACAGCAUAUGGACCCCAAGUCACUUGAAGCCCAGGUUGACUUCCUUAGCAUUGUGACCCACGACCUUCAUGGAGCAUGGGAUGCUUACAUUCCCGGUCUAGGACCCUACAUCAAGCCACACACGGAUCUGAAGGAGAUUGAAGAGGCAUUGAAACUUCUCUGGUCUGCCGAUGUCACCCCAAAGAAGAUCAAUCUUGGUGUUGCCAAUUAUGGCCGCGGCUUUACCGUCUCUAACAAGGACUGCAUGAUAUACGGCUGUCAAUAUACUGGCCCGAGCAAUGCAGGAAGCUGUACGAACCUUGAAGGGUUACUAAGCGCCUGUGAGAUCAAGCGGAUCAUCGCCGCUAAUAACCUUUCGCCCAACAUCCUCUAUGGUGGCGCAGGCGUGAAGGAGAUUCGCUGGAACGAUCAGUGGGUGGCAUACGACGACAAAGAGACCUUUGACCUAAAACUAGAGCUGGCUACUAAUCGUUGUCUUGGUGGCACCGCACUUUGGGCCAUCGAUUAUGAGAUUUGUGAUGGAAGGCAAGUUCAACCGAAUCCCAGCCCUCAACCAUCCUCCCAAGCUAGCUCAAGUGGUGCUGUUAUUCCGACUACAACUUCAUCCGCUCAGGGAAGCUUGCUUCUAUCGACGUCAUCGUCGACCGCUGUUGAGUCGUCUGCUACAACGAGCGGGGCCCUCAGCUCUACAGCUGUACAAUCCAGCUCAGCUGCUGCAACCUCUGCUAGUCAAUCUACCAGCGGUUCUGAACCACAAUCCACUUCUUUAGGCGGCUCAUAUACAGCGACAAUCAGCUCAGCUGCCUCGUUUUUCUCUUCCUCUACUAUAUGGAGUGACUCCACACCUUCUAGCGAUUCAUCAGCGCAAUCUUCUAACGUACCAACCUCCACACCCUGGGCGAGUAGUUAUAGCAGUACGUUCACAACUGUUAGUACUGCCGCACCCAGUGCAACGCGGAUCUCGGAGACUGAGAGUUUGGGGGGGACUAAAACACAAGUUUCUGUUACCCCGUCUGAUGCGUCGCGUAAACCCUGCCCUUGGGAAUGUUGGAAAGAGGAAUGGUGCAAGAUGUUUUUCGCGACCACUUCAGGCGGCGUUCACAAUGAUGGCGAUCCGGACUCUCACUCAGACAGUGAUCACGGUUGCGUGCCAAAUAACUGUAUAGCAGACUGCAUCAUGUGGAGAAUAACCACUUUAUUGCUCUUCAAGCGCCCCGUCUGCCCUUGUAUCCCGAGGAAGUGCGACCAGGACAGCGACUCGGAUAGUCCGAGCGACAGUGAUAAGGACGAUCCACACCCACAUCCCCGUCCGAAACCUAGCACGAAGCCCCACGACAAAGAUCCAGAUAAUGAUUCUAAAGACAAGGACGAUCAUCCAGAGAAUGGUGGAGACGGAGAGUGUCAGAUGCUCGGUUGUGGCUGCGGAUGGAUGGGUCUUGGUUUUGGACCUGGUUGUGCAGACACCACCAUCACCUGGGAGCUCCCAAAGUUCGGCUUCACUUGUGGACUUUUUGGGUGUAAGCCCUGCAACUUCUUCGGAUGCACAGAACCAGGGACAGAUCCAAACGGUAUCUUGGGCUAUAAUGGAUACUGCUUGGUAGAUGGAGGUUGCCCACCAUGCCCACCGGAGAUCUGCAGUGGGCCAUCUUGUACAAUCUCCGGCGGCUGUGGACCAAAGCCUGGACCGCCGCCAACUCAACCUGCGAAUCGUCCGAAGUCAUGCGACGAAUGGCAAAAGACGACAGUGACUGAACGCUUUGUGUGGUGUACGGAGGGAUUUGCAGUCUCUGAGUUACCCUCUAGCAUCGGGCUGACCUCGUCAACCAUGAUCUCAUCAGUGUGCGUGCCGUAUAUCGAGGCCACCCUCAAAGCCUGCCCAGGCGCACUACUCGGCUACACGACAACGACAACGAAGACAGAAAAGAGCACACUCACUUCUGAAGCUCCAGCGUGCACUAGGGCUCCACUUUCGCUAGACGACGAUGAAGGCGAUAAUAUGCCUGCCGAUGGGUCACUUUCUUCCUCGAUUGUCUUCCGUUCCAACGCAUCGAAGUCCUCCAUGACAACCCCAUCAAUGAUAACUACUUCGUCGACCACGUCGUCUACCACAUCCACUCAGGAACCCGCCACAACAUCGGCUACGAUGGAUAGAUACGGAAAUUGGAGGGUCAACUUUCACCACUGGAUGGAACCUGAACAAUCGGGGAUCGAGUGGGUGCUCUACGAUCCCAAUGGAAAUCAAGCUGGCGCAGGCGGGGUGCAGGGUAAAGAUUUCAAGGAAAUCACUGACUACAUCGAGUCGAAAAAUCGCAUCGAAGAACACUCCAUGCUGUUUGGCGUUCGCGUCACCGUCACAGACCCCACGAACGUAGACAAAGCGCGCGUCAAAUUUGUCAUAGAAAAGGAAGUACCUGGCUGCCACAAAUGCAAGCCCAUGAUGAUCACCGAGGACAAGACGGAAAUCCAUCCCUUCGAGGUCAGAAGCUGCCAAGAGGUAUGCCAGGAGCCCAAGCUCAGGCCCGCGAACUUUUGGUGCAACGACCUCAAUGAUGCCAUGUGGAUACCGGAGAAUGGUGGCUGGAAACGCAGGUUCUGGUGCGGAUGGGUGGGCUUCUAGGCCUGGCCUUGGUUUUACUCAUGGCGUCUGGAUGGCACAGGUACACCGAAGUCUCCAGCCUGUUUGCUGGCGCAUUGGAGGUAAGUAGACGCUAAAAUACUUAUUUCGACUCCUAACCCGCUCAACUAUCUUGCAAUACGCUCGUGAUGUUGCCUAGUAUCUUUCUCUGCUCCAGCCGCCGGAAUCGAAGCGCAAAGGUCUCGACCUGUAUCGCUACGCCA